AUGAGCUCUACUUCGUCUGGUAGUAGUGGGAAACAAAACGAUGGAGGAGUUGGUGAGCGGCCAUUGGGACCAAACCAGGACCAAUUGCCGCAUGUAAGUGAAGAAGCAGCCGCGACUGCUCAGAUCAUGGGCAAGAAGUGUGGUGAAGUUGGUGGGCCAGAGCUGGAGCAAGGGACACCGGUAGCAGAUAUUCUCAAACGAGACAAAGAGGCUCUUAAGAACAUGCCCAAGGUCCUACGUGAUGAGGCUGCGGCGAGUCAGAAUGGAAGUGGUUCUAAGCGAUCAUUUUCUACCUCCGCAAGACUACACCAGGGCGAAGUGAAGGGUAAUUCGCCGGCAGACCCCUCUGCCGCCACCGUUGCAAACAUGCUUGCGGCUUCAAAUCGGGGAGAAUCUGUUGAUGUCGAGAAAGGAAUCCCAGAGGGCUUCAAGUACGAGCCACCAACUCUGCCUCUGCCACCAAACGAACGAUUUGACCGCCGGUAUGAGCCAUUAGUGGAACAGUUCACCAAGCUAAUAAUGAAGCAUGGAAAGCUAUCUCUUGCUCAGAAGCACAUGGCCAAAAUCCUAGAGUAUCUUCGCACUGCUCCAGCACCACUCAUCGACCCGUCAAAGCCUUUCCUCCCGGGUCCUCCAUCCCCGCAACUCCCUCUAAACCCAAUUCUAUACCUUACUCUCGCCGUCGACUCUAUUGCACCUCUUUUUCGAAUUCGUCAAAUCAGGGGUAUUGCUGGUGGUGGUGCUGCACUUCCUAUCCCAAGCCCACUUGCUCAGCGCCAACGCCGCCGAGAAGCCAUUACCUGGAUCCUUGAGGCUGCCGAGAAGAGACGUGACAAUCAGCUUUCACACCGGAUAGCGAAUGAAAUCAUCGCCAUUGCGGAGGGAAAGAGCAGUGUCUGGCUUAAGCGGGCUGCUAUCCACAAACAGGCAACUGUCUCCCGUGCGAAUAUCCGCCGUGCCUCCCAGCAACGGAGAGGUAGGAAGCAAUAA